AUGAACGAAAUGAACUUGAGUCCUGUAGGGAUGGACCAGCUGACCUCAUCCUCUGUGAGCAAUGCCCUGCCAGUCUCAGGGAGUCACUUGGGAUUGGCAGCGUCACCCACUCACAAUGCCAUACCAGCACCAGGCUUGCCUGUUGCAAUUCCAAACUUGGGCCCCUCCUUGAGUUCCUUGCCCUCUGCUCUAUCUCUGAUGCUCCCAAUGGGUAUUGGGGAUCGAGGAGUGAUGUGUGGUAUACCAGAGAGAAACUACACCCUACCUCCUCCACCGUACCCUCACCUGGAGAGCAGCUAUUUCAGACACAUUCUACCUGGUAUCUUAUCUUACUUGGCUGACAGACCUCCACCUCAGUACAUCCAUCCCAACACUAUAAAUGUUGAUAGCAAUCCGGCAUUGUCAGUCUCCAGCAAUCCCUCAGCCCUAGAUCCCUACCAGCCCAGUGGAAGCGUGGGACUGGAACCAGGGAUUGUCUCCAUGGACUCCCGCACAGUGAACACGCAUGGUGCUCAAAAUCUGCAUCCUAGUGACAGCCAUGAGGUAGCGCUGGAUACUACAAUCACUAUGGAGAGCGUUUCAAGGGUAACCAGCCCCAUCUCUACAGAUGGGAUGACAGAGGAGCUUACGAUGGAUGACGUAGCUGGGGAUCAUUCACAGAUCCCGAACGGCUCCCGGAGCCACGAACCUUUAGCCGUAGACACAGUGGGGAGUAACUUGACGUCAGACGCUGUGGGACACGGUGGUGUCAUUCCUAUUCAUGGUAGCACUUUGGAACUCCCUGUUGUCAUGGAGCCCGACCACAUCGCCGGGCGGGUGACGGGAAUAUCGGACAGCACACUAAAUGACUCAAUUCAUACUGUGGCCAUGAGCACCAACUCUGUGAGUGUGGCGCUCUCUACCUCACACAACCUAGCUUCCUUGGACUCGGUAGCCUUGCACGAAGUGGGCCUCAGCCUUGAGCCGGUGGCAGUGUCUUCCAUAAAUCAGGAAGUAGCCAUGGGGCCAAGUCACGUGGAUGUGUCUGCAGACAAUCUUGCCUUCGUACCAUCCUCUCUGCAAAUGGAAGACUCCAAUUCGAACAAAGAGAACAUGGCAACCUUGUUUACCAUAUGGUGCACACUGUGUGACAAGGCAUAUCCAUCGGACUGCCCAGAUCAUGGGCCCGUCACCUUUGUCCCUGACUCCCCGAUAGAGAGCCGAGCCAGGCUUUCUCUCCCUAAGCAGCUUGUCCUCCGGCAGUCUAUCAUGGGAGCUGACGUGGGUGUGUGGACACGAGAAACCAUUCCUGUAAGGACUUGUUUUGGACCUUUGAUCGGGCAGCAGAGCCAUUCUCUGGAGGUGGCUGACUGGACAGACAAAGCAGCCAGUCACAUCUGGAAGAUCUAUCACAGUGGUGUCCUGGAGUUCUGCAUCAUUACAACUGAUGAAAAUGAAUGUAACUGGAUGAUGUUUGUACGCAAAGCCAGGAACCGGGAAGAGCAGAAUCUGGUAGCUUAUCCUCACGAUGGAAAAAUUUACUUUUGCACCUCUCGGGACAUCCCACCUGAACACGAGCUUCUCUUUUAUUACAGUCGGGACUAUGCACGACAGCUUGGUGUCCCUGAACAUCCGGAUGUGCACAUCUGCCACUGCGGAAAGGAAUGCGCUUCCUACGCGGAGUUCAAGGCCCAUUUGAGCAGCCAUAUUCACAACCACCUCCCCAGCCAGGGGCACAGCAGCAGCCAUGGGCCAGGCCAUGGCAAGGAGAGGAAGUGGAAAUGCUCCAUGUGUCCCCAGGCUUUCAUCUCCCCUUCCAAGCUCCACGUCCACUUCAUGGGGCACAUGGGCAUGAAGCCGCACAAGUGCGAUUUCUGUAGCAAAGCUUUCAGUGAUCCUAGCAACUUACGGACACAUCUCAAGAUACACACAGGCCAGAAGAAUUAUCGCUGUACCCUCUGCGACAAAUCGUUCACCCAGAAGGCUCACCUGGAAUCGCACAUGGUCAUUCACACUGGGGAGAAGAACCUGAAGUGCGAUUACUGUGAAAAGCUGUUCAUGCGGAGGCAGGACCUCAAGCAGCACGUACUCACUCACACACAAGAACGGCAGAUCAAGUGCCCCAAGUGUGACAAGCUGUUUCUGAGGACAAAUCACCUGAAGAAGCAUCUCAAUUCACAUGAAGGAAAGAGGGACUAUGUCUGUGAAAAAUGCUCCAAGGCUUAUCUAACCAAAUAUCACCUCACUCGCCACUUAAAAAUCUGUAAAGGCCCCACAUCCAGCCUGUCAGCCCCAGAGGAGGAAGAGGAGGAUGAUUCAGAGGAGGAAUUAAUAGACUCUAUGAGGACUGAAGACUGUGGGAUUAACAGUGGAGUCUAUUCAACAGGUGAUGCCCUCUCUGGACACAAAUGAAGAAAAGAGAGAGAGGGACGUUUUCUUGAAUAACAAGGGAAGGAAAAAAAAACCAAACCCUCUUCCUUGUUUCCCCAGUCAACAGCAUAUGUCAAAUGAGGAGUUUACCUUCUGUUUUGGUCUCUGCACUACCACCGCUUAAUAAACUCUGUAGCCAAAACACUGAAAAAGAAUGGCUAGCGCACGUAUAAGUAAGUGAAGAGUUGCUAAGGGACUGUGAGGCAAGGA